AGUAUCCUAACGUUAUCCCUAUUCUUUUCACUAAUGGUGCGUUUUUUGUUUCAGAUCAGCAUAUCUGUAUAUUUCGCCGAGCGUCGGCCUUUCAUAGGUACUUCGUUCACCUUAGCUUCCACUUAUCUGACUUACGCCCUGAUGCCAAACCGGCUGAAGGAUGCAUUGCUGUCCGGCACAAUAUUGGCCGCUGUAGGGACCAUACUGCUUGUACAUGUAGGGAGAUUGAAUGGAGAGUUGGAAAUAGGAAGUGCGCUCCUGAUUCUUCUAUGUGGCAACGCUGCUGGGGUCUGUACGCAUUACCCGCGAGAAGUAGCCCAAAGGAAAGCAUUUCUUGAAACAAGGCAAUGCAUCGAGGCUAGACUGAAAAUACAGAGGGAAAAUCAGCAGCAGGUACAUAAUUUUAUUAAUAUGCUGGAUGUAAAUAAAUUGUCUGUCCAAUCUUCAACGGCAGAUUCGUUAAACAGUCCUAAGACGAGAAGAAUGUAUAUGAGCUCACAAUUGCACCACUUUCUUCCUGAAAUUUGUGACACAUUGGGACACAUAACAUGUAAAAGUAAGAGUGUUACACCACUGCGCGUUGAAGUAACAUUAUAA